GUUAAACAAUAGAAUCCAUUCACAAGAAAACCUUUAAAUUGUUCAUAAAUUACUGCAAAGAUUCGUUAAGAAACCAGAAUUUACCAAAACAAUCUGAUUAACACAGGAUCACACGUUAUGCCGAAUUAAGCAUUUUUAUUGGGGAUUUGGAUAAGACGUGUUUUGAAAUGGUAAUGUACGUGGAUAAGGCGAGUUUUGGUUUAACUGGCCAUACUUUUAACCAUAUAAUAUACAGUAUAUGCUGAGUUUUCUUCGGAUUUGUGAUUUUUUUACUGUUUGACGUUAUUGUUUUUGUUAUCUCAUAGUGCUAGUCCGAGGUAUUCAAUUAGAGCUUCUGUAAUAUUGUCUUCCAUCUCCACUCUGUUUCAUUGAAAUUUCUUUGUUUUAGUGUAUGGCGCAAACGUGGUAUAUUGCUUCUGAUACACAACUUUACGUAUUUUCUUUAAUGCUACUAGCGAUUGUAUGGAAAUAUGAAAAAAAGGCCAAAAUUAUUUUUGGAAGUACAGUAGUUAUUGGACUUGCGACACUUGCAAGUAUAGCAUUCUGUAAGAACUAUGAUAUUAUAAUUAGGCAGUAUCCCGAGAAUCUUUACAAUAUGAAUGGGAUAAAGUUGGAAAUUUGGCAUGACUUAUAUAGUUCUGGAUAUUCGAACAUAACUGGUUAUACAAUCGGUUUGAUAUUUGGUUAUAUUUUCUACAAAAAUCGUAAAAAGUCUAUUGAAAUAACAAAAAUUCAUGUGAUAUUAUGGUGGUUUCUCUCAUUCGGAAUGUGUAAUUUCAUCAUUCUAAUAGCAGCAACAAUGUACAGACCUAAUUAUCAAAAUUCAACUUUAGAAUCUGCGUUAUAUUGGGCGUUAGGAAAAAAUAUUUUCGCACUUGGUAUUGCUAUUGGAAUAUACGGAUUCGCCCUUAAAAUUGGAUGGUUUGCCAGAUGGUUGUGUGAAUGGAAAGCUGUUAGAGUAAUUGGAAGGCUUACCUACAGCACUUAUAUUGUACAUUCGACAGUGAUUCGAAUCAGAGGAGGAUUAAUCAGAAGUCCUUUGUACGUGAAUGAUUAUUUAUUGAUAUCAACUGUUUUGGGAGAUAUUGCUUUAUCCUACUUAGUGGGUACAUUAAUGUGUUUAUUAUUCGAGAUGCCAGUAUCAGCUUUACAAAAAUUGCUAAUACCAACAACUGAACACAAUCGACUCACAAAUUCAUUGAAAAAACCUUUGAAUUCUAAAGAAGUACAUCUGGAAAACGAAAAUCAGAAUGUCGGUACAAACGUUUGAUAAUAAAAUUAUGUAAAAACUGUUAUUUUUGGAGUUUACUUCUUAAGAAUCGAUUUGCAUAUAUAAGGGGCCCGGUAUGAGAAAAAUGUGAGGAGUAAAAUCUAUCGAUGAAUGACCUCGUUACGUUUUUGGUGCGCAACCUAUGAUGCGCAACUUUCUAAUUUGUCAGUGUCGACAUACUUAUAUUGCUGUUUUUAUUAUAAAUAUCAAUAAUUAAUAUUGUUAUUGUGAGGUUUUAAUUUUUAUCAUUGUGUUCCGCUAAAGUGAACUGAAAGUAUUUUCAAAUAACUUUGGCAGAAAGACGUGUAGAUGAUAUUGCCGGAACAUCUAACAAACACGUGGUUGCAAGGUACGUUAUAAUUCAUGUAUUAUAUGUAUGAGCAUGUGCUGUUUGUAUUUAUUAAGUAUCUUAAUAAUUAUCGAUGUAGUUUAUAUAAAUAUAUAUUUGAAAACAGCACAUAAAAUUAGAUAAUCAACCCAAUAUGAAUUAUCGAGAUUAUUGACUACUGCAAAAAGUUUAAUGUAAAAUAUUUCGUCGAUUAGUUAUAAUAAACGUAUAUGAAAUGAAUAAAUAAAUAACAAA